AAACCGGCCACAGCAACCGAGCGUCGGUCCGGAAUUUCCUACCGGAGACUCAACCUCACACAACGGCCAUCCCCGAAGUGGGCGGAGCCGCGCGUCAAUACAGAGCGACAGUAUGCCCCGCCCACUACGGGGCAAGCCGCUGAGUUACUGCAGUAUUUACAUCUUCAUGGAGCUCUAGUCCCAUGACUACAGGAUGAAAAUCUUACUGGCUUCUGAGAAGUAAAUCCAAUACAGCUGAUGAUCAGGCAAGAAUAAAAAAGAACCAGGCCGAGAACCAUGGUAAAACCCCAAAACUGGGGACAUGAUAGCUUUUUUUUCUAGCUGGUGAAACCUUAACUCCUUGGCAUAACCUCCCUGUGCCAGGCAAGAAGUGUUCUGUAUCUCUCCAGUACUUUCUUUGAAGGCGGAGGUCAUAAACACCCUGGGAUUUAAAGCUCAGCUGGAGUUUUCCCCCCCAAGAUCCCACCUCUUUUUGUCAGAGGGACUGCCAAAUAAACACUGAAGGAGUGAGAGCAGAUUUUCAGUGUCCCCAAGAAGUGUUCUGCGGACCAGCUGUAGCCUCUACCCAUGCAUGUUUAAUAGAGGAGAUCAAGCCCUUCCACUGUUCCCAGGCACUCAGUAGACCUGCCCUCUGCUGGGGAGCUCUCCACAUCCAUCAGCUGCUCCUGGAGAACUCCACAGUACUCAGGAAGAUGCCUAAAAGGAAAAUAUUGCUGCUUCUAUUGCAGGUGUUGCUGGAAUUAUACUGGGGAUGUGAAGCGCAGACAAAUUACCAAGCCCUUGAUCUCCUGUCGCCUUCAGUCCAGAGACAGAUCACCCAGUACCUUCAGCAGGCACUCAAUAAUCCCUCCAUGAAUGAAGUGUAUAUACUGUCCACAUUUAAGCUGCAGCCUAAAUCCACAGCCUCUCUAUUCGGUCUUUACUCCACAAAAGACAACAGCCGCUUCUUUGAAUUCACAGUGAUGGGACGACUAAAUAAAGCCUCCCUUCGAUACCUCAAGAGUGAUGGCAAAAUUAACUCUGUCAUCUUCAGCAACAUAGAACUAGCAGAUGGGAAACAGCACUCAAUCCUCCUACACCUCAGUGGUCUACACCGAGGGCCCAGCACUGCUGAACUUUACAUGGACUGUGACCAAGUGGAUGCUGUCAAAGACCUGCCCCGACCGCUCUCAGGAGUCACCCUAAACACAGGAUCUGUGCAGCUGAAGACACUUCACAAAAAACCACAGGAUUCUAUGGAUGAACUGAAGCUGGUAAUGGGUGGAUCCCUGACACAAGUGGCAUCAAUACAAGACUGCUUCAUGCAACAGAGUGAACCAGGACAAUAUGCAGGUGACGUCAGCCGACAGCUCUUGGGUCAAAUCUCACAGCUCAACCAACUACUUGGAGAACUCAGGGAUGUUAUGAGACAACAGGUGAAAGAAACCAUGUUUUUAAGGAACACUGUCUCAGAAUGCCAGGCUUGUGGAUUAACACCCGACUAUCCAUAUCCAACACUAGCUCCCAAUCCACCAAAACCAACAGCCCCCCCAAAGCCUCGAUGUGGAGCAACGUCAUGUUUCCGGGGUGUGAAAUGCACUGAGACAGCAAACGGGUUUCAGUGUGGACCUUGUCCUGAAGGUUACACUGGCAAUGGAGUCAUAUGUACUGAUAUAGAUGAGUGUCGAUUGAACCCUUGUUUCCCCGGAGUUCGAUGUAUAAACAGCAUACCAGGGUUCAGGUGUGAGGCCUGCCCCCCUGGAUACACAGGGCCAGUGGUACAAGGUGUUGGCACUAUUUAUGCCAAGCAAAAUAAACAGAUUUGCCUGGAUGUCAAUGAGUGUGAAAAUGGAAGAAAUGGUGGAUGUGUCACUAACUCUCUUUGCAUUAACACCAUGGGUUCUUACCGCUGUGGACCUUGUAAAGAAGGCUAUGUUGGUGAUCAAAGCAAAGGCUGUAAAGUAGAAAGGAAAACCUGCUGGAACAGAGGGCAGUACCCCUGUCAUGCCAACGCACAGUGUAUCGAGGAGAAGGAUGGCGACAUAACCUGUAUUUGCUCUGUUGGCUGGGCUGGCGAUGGAUAUGUCUGCGGUAAAGACACUGAUAUUGAUGGAUAUCCUGACCAAGCUCUUCAGUGCAGCGAUGCCAAAUGCAAGAAGGACAAUUGCAUGUACGUUCCUAACUCCGGGCAGGAAGACACUGACAAGGAUGGUGCAGGAAAUGCCUGUGAUGAUGACGCAGAUGGAGACGGUAUUAUGAACGAACAGGAUAACUGUGUACUGGUGGCCAAUAUUAACCAGAAAAACAGCGAUCAAGACAUAUUUGGGGACGCCUGUGACAAUUGCCGAUUCAAACUGAACAAUGACCAGAGAGACACAGACAAUGACGGGGAUGGUGACGCCUGCGAUGACGAUAUGGAUGGGGAUGGUAUCAAGAAUUUCCUGGACAACUGUCAGCGUGUUCCUAACAUCGACCAGAAGGACAGGGAUGGAGAUGGUGUUGGUGACGCUUGCGACAGCUGUCCUGAUGUCAUCAAUCCAAAUCAGUCAGACAUUGAUAAUGACUUGGUGGGAGAUUCCUGUGACACCAACCAAGACAGUGAUGGAGAUGGCUACCAGGACAGCUCAGACAAUUGCCCCACAGUCAUUAACAGCUCUCAGCUGGACACAGACAAGGACGGCCUAGGAGAUGAGUGCGAUGAUGAUGAUGAUAAUGAUGGAAUACCUGAUCUUAUCCCUCCAGGACCUGACAACUGCAGACUGGUCCCCAACCCAGGGCAAGAAGAUGACAACAAUGAUGGAGUUGGAGAUAUCUGUGAGUCUGACUUUGACCAGGACACAGUCAUUGACCGUAUUGAUGUCUGCCCACAAAAUGCUGAGAUCACCCUGACAGACUUUAGAGCCUAUCAGACUGUUGUUCUUGACCCUGAAGGCGAUGCCCAAAUUGAUCCCAAUUGGAUUGUUCUGAACCAGGGAAUGGAGAUUGUACAAACAAUGAACAGUGACCCAGGACUUGCCGUAGGCUAUACUGCCUUUAAUGGAGUUGACUUUGAAGGCACCUUCCACGUGAACACAGUGACAGAUGAUGAUUAUGCCGGCUUCAUAUUUGGCUAUCAGGACAGUUCUAGUUUCUAUGUGGUUAUGUGGAAGCAAACGGAGCAGACAUACUGGCAGGCCACACCUUUCCGAGCUGUUGCAGAACCUGGCAUUCAGCUCAAGGCAGUCAAAUCCAAGACAGGGCCUGGAGAACAUCUUCGAAACUCAUUGUGGCAUACUGGGGACACCAAUGACCAAGUAAGGCUGUUGUGGAAAGACCCCAGAAAUGUAGGAUGGAAAGACAAGGUGUCAUAUCGCUGGUUCCUGCAGCACAGACCUCAAGUUGGAUAUAUCAGGGCAAGGUUCUAUGAAGGUAGUGAGCUGGUAGCAGAUUCGGGAGUCACUGUGGAUACCACAAUGCGUGGUGGAAGACUUGGAGUAUUCUGCUUCUCACAGGAAAACAUUAUCUGGUCCAAUCUGAAGUAUCGGUGUAACGACACAAUCCCUGAGGACUUUCAAGCUUUUCAAGCUCAGCAGUUUGCAAGUUAAAGGAGCAGAGCACCACGGAAGAAGUUUAUUUGUUGUUUUGCUGUAAUCGCAUUUUUAUUUGUUGAUAAGGAAAUGAUCUCUGAUGUAACAAAGUUCUUUUUAUACCGCUGUACAUGAAUGUAUGUGAAAUGAAACAGAUACAAUAAAAAAGGUUUAAAAUUAGGUCAGACUGUCAGAUGUCCCAAAGGCACAAUUUAGGAUGUGUUGGCACUCCACGGUAAGAAGUGUGCAACUUGGUUAUAAUACCCAGUAGCAGUGUAAGAUAAGAGAUGCCUGGGUCUAGAGCAAGGUCUGUUGGCACCUCUGUUCUAGAAUCCCAUAGUAGGUUGUGGCCAAUGUGGUGGAGAUUGGGUGUUUGGUGGGAAAGAGACCUUUGAAAAGAACAGUUUACUGCUCUAAAUGUUAGAAGAAGUUCCCUCUCCUUUACUUUGUGUGACUUAAAGGGGUACUCCACUGCUCUAGCGUUCGGAACAUUUUGUUCCAAACGCUGGGUGCAGGUGUCGUGAUGUCACGGCCAUGCCCAUCAUGCCAUCACACCACACCCCCUCAAUGCAAGUCUAUGGGAGGGGGCGUGGUGGCAGCUGCCACGCCCAUUCCCAAAGGCUUGCAUUGAGGGGGCUUAGCAUGAUGUCAUGACCCCCGCACCCGGCAUUCAUAACAAAAUGUUCCGGACGCUGAGGCAGUGUCAAGGGCUAUAUGCUGCCCUAUUUAAAGGGUUUAUCCAACAUAAGGUGACUUUAGUAAUUGGAGAUUUUCCUAGUCCUAAUGACGUAAAAUUGGGAUUUUAUUAAAGACAGGAGGCGAGCAUUUUUUGCAUACUCUCUCUUUACUGCUCAAUAAUGUUAGCAAA